AUUAUAACAGCUGCAUAAUCCCACUUGUGGAGAAUAAUUUAUUUUUCUUUUUGCUAAUAUCAUAUAAUUAUGUCUGGGUGAUUUGUGCAUUGCUGGGGGGAUGUUCUAACAACCGUGCCUAGCUCCGUCAGGUUUAUAGAAAUCGUGUCUGAAUGCCCCCCCUUUGGGAGACAGUCUGAGAAAACGUCACCUUGGCAACCAGGCUCCAUCAGAUUCUGCACAGACACACAAGCACACACACAGAUACACAUCCUGACAGGCGCAGCCGAUCCGACACAGAAUCUCACACCACAUCCCGGAGCAAGAGGUAACCCUGGGGUCGGGGAGGUCUGCAUCAGCCUAUUGGUAUGCUAUCUUUAAUAUAAUACCUUAAUUCUUGAAAUAGUCUGGAUGCAUCUGCAGAAUUUGAUUUCUGCACUGAGUCCUAUGCAGUAUAGAUUUUGGUGAGUGGCCUUUUUUUUUUUUUUUAACUCUUUUGUUGCUGGAGGCGAUAUGCUAUAUAUUUAUAUUUUUAUAUAUAUAAUUAAUUUUAUUUAUAUACCUGCAUUGCUGUGUCUAUCCACACAAAAGAUGUGCAAGAAAAAUAAUAGGCUCUGUUCAUGUUAUGAAUGGCUGUAAAUAACUGAACAAUGAAAAUUUGUUUCACCCCAUUUAGUGUCAGAAGGUGUUAGACCACUCUUAUUGUAUUGAGGCUCACUCUGCUUUAAGGAUUUGCAUGGACGUCCUUAAUUUAUCCUGAUGUAGCUGCUUUGUUCUGCUCAGUGUGAGCGGUUUUUCUUUUGUGUGUUCCAGGUGGAGGGAUUAGGGACUCAAUGAUUAAUUAUCCCUUUUUUUUUUUUUAGAUUUUUUUUUAAAUACCUGUCUAAGCUAAGCUCUUAACUGUCAUAAUCAUCUUGGACCUCUGAUCUCGCAGGCAUUGCAUAAUCACCAAGUGAGAAAAGAGACAUAGAAUGAUAUCAUAUCGCUGGCGGAAUUUCAGGUUCAUAUGCAAGGUUUAGCCGUUUCAGUCUACCUAUUUAUUUAUUUAUUUUCCCAUGUGGGUGUACUCUGAAUCAGCAGUGUUUAGUUAUGCGCAUGUAUCAUGCCAGUCUAAAUCCUAUGCGUCUUAUUAAAAAAAUGCAGCAGGCAUCCAACUGCUAGAAUUAGCUCUAUUAAAUUCCAAAGGCCAGAAGCAAAUUUUAACAUUAGUUGUGUUCCUGUUAUUUUUUCCUCCAAAUUCCCUAAAUUUCCUAAUUGCUGUGUAGCUUAUCAAUGCUAUUCUCUCUUGUGGUUUGAAAUUAUUAAACAUAUGACAUGGAGUUCUAACAAUGGAACUAUAUAUUUUUUAGUGUACUACUGGGAUUUAUUGGAUUACGUCAUCUGCCACUAAAUUUUGCAGACAUGCGUUUGUUUAGAGUCUUCCAAUUUGAUUUAUGCCCUGUGUAUUCUUUUGAUCACUGUAUACUUAUACGCAUACACAUCUAUAAACGUUUUUACAUCAUCCAAAUAAAACCCUUUUAUUCAUCGCUGGUAGUGCAAAGAACUCACAAUUGAAAAUGCCCAGUCUAAAUGUAGUUUUUAUUAGUUUAUUACAUAAUAUCUAUAUGAUCAUUUAAAAUUUGAAGAAACAAUUUUUUAAAUAUAUAACAGCAACCUGUAUUCAGAGAUAAUUUAUUAUUCCAUACGGAUCAAGCAACCUGAAUGUCUUACUCGUUUUGAGUAACAAACACUGGUGGACAAAUCUCAGCCACUUCCAUUUGAAUUCAAAUUUUGUCUGAAAAUCAAGGUUUAUCCUCCUGUAAAAUAAGCAAUUUAAAGGUUAUUGAAUAUUGUUGAACAUCAUGCUGGGAAGGCCCAUAAUAAAUUCUCUACCAUUCCCAGGGAAAGUGUAAUUCCCAGCCUUCCUCCAGAUACUUGAGUCAGGCACCCCAGAACAGGACUCAACAUAUCCACCCUCCACUAGCCAGUGAAAAUUGAACCAUGUUGAGGAGAAAUUGACCCCUAGUUUAGUGUGCCAUGGACCCACCAGAGUUACAUUGGCAAAUAACUAAGGCCCAGCUAGUAAUGAAGGACUUUAAGUGUUAUGCACAGCUGAAAUAGUUAUUCUCAACAACUACUCAUAGAUCCUUCAAGAGAUUUAUCCUAUAAGCAAUACCUAUUUUUUUCUACAAAUGCACAGUUUAAUGACAUCGCUUGUUUAACUUCCAUUGUCUCUGCAUUCCACUGCAGAGAAAUACCUAAUUUGAUUAUAUUAUUCUGCAAAACCCAACAACAGUGCUUUAAUGUUCUCAAUUGAUUCCAUUAAUAUGAUAUAUAUACAUAUACACACACAGUAUAUGCUAUAUUAAUGGAACAAAUUAAUGGAAUAUAUAUAUAUAUCUCAUAUUUCAUAUUUAUGGCUUAAAUAUGUAUAGUUGCUCCACACCAACCAUAAGUAUUGCAUCGUUACCAUGCUACUUUCCUGUUCUAAUACUUUUUUUUACAGUUGUAUGUGCUUUCAAUUAUUCACCAACCUUUAAUGUGAUAUAGAUGGAAAAAGGUUUUAAAAAUAUCAAAGUAAAUUGUUUUCACUGUGUUGAUCUGGUCUAUAUUUGACAAGCAACUUAAUUCGCUUUUACAUAACAAGUUAUUAGUAAACCAUGCUGUUUCUUACUAGUAAUAUUGUUACAUAACACAAUUUUCUCUAUUGUGAUUAUGGGGUAAAUCACAAUUCAGCAUCAAUAUUUAAUGACUUUCAGCUGGUAUUACAUCAGGGUUUUCAAUGAAAUUUCAAUCCAAACUUUUUAAAACUUUUUUUCUUCUUUAUUAAUUGUAAAAAUUAUUUUCAAUUGAAAACCAGGCUUUAAGCAGCUCUGUCACUUAGAUCUUAUCUUUGUGAAGUACUGACUGCAUCGGAAUUUCAUUGAAACUCCUGUGCAAUCCACAGAUGAUAUAUAAAUCAAAAAAGGCACGUCUUAAAGUAAACCUAUAAUUAAAAAUUCACUGGUAUUGCUCCCAUAUACUUUGAAUACACCAUAUAUCAGAACGAUACAUUGUGUAUCCUGUGUAAAAUAUAGAGGUUUAUUUACAUUUCCUCCAUUCCAGCACCAGUGUGUGGGUGCUACUUUUCAUGUAACCCCCUUCUCUGGGCGGUCCUUCUCUCUUUGAUUUGCCCUGCUUGCUCAACAUGCUGGCUUCAUUGCCAGCAUGCCAGCAUCGAAACAGAAUGACGUCACAUCACUACGUUCCUAUUCUCCUUCUCCUAGAGCUAGAAGCACCAGCUAGGGAGUUUCCAUAGUAACCACAGCACUUGUACUGUGGUUGCUAUGCUCAGGAAAGCAGGAUGACUUCCUGUGGGAGGUCUUCCUUGCUCUCCCUUGUCAGUCAUUACCUCGGCACACUGAGGCAUUGACUGACAGCUGAGAGAGAAACUAUAUUUAAUAGGUCUUUUUCCAAUCUGUUCAUUUGCUUGCAAAACUGCUUUAUGCUCUAUCUAAUGAGCAUACGUUGUUUGGGACAUGACAGGUGCCCUUUAAAGGCCAGUCUUAGGUUGACAAAGAUGACAUGACUUUCAACAUCAAUGUCUUGUCAAAUCUCAGCAGCUAUCUGCUAUGGAUAUCAGGUAUCGACUCACUCAUUGCAAGACGUGUUUUAUAAAUGGUCACGGGUGAUCUAUGGAGAUGUCAGUGUUGUAAUCUUGUGCAUAUGUGAUUGACAGCUGGGAGAGUGCAACUUAGAAGCUUUAUAAAAGUGGAGUGUUCCUUUAAAUAUACAAUAAUUCAAGUUUUAUAGCUGUGAGGUUAUCAUGCACUCAGACACACCAAACCCUGAGCUUCUAGGGCAAUAGGGUAGUAGGAUAGUUAAGUGGUGGAAAAUGACUGAUGAGAGGUGCAAUAGGAUACAGAAUUAUUAUUAUUUUUUUUAACAUUCACAACUAAGAAAACCAGACUAUGUUUUCCAGAUUGUGUGAAACAUUUGAAUAUGUUUGGAAAUCACAGACAUCCUGGAAACAGCAUGUUUGGUGAUAACAUUUGUCAAAAAAGGUAUUCACCUGGAAUACUGGCUCAGUAAGAACACACUGCCAGUUCACAGGCCAAUAGGGUGAUCAAAAGAUCUAAAACUCAGAUCCGUCAGAGCACAUAUAGUGUGCAAUGUAGGAAAAUUAUGGAUAUUGGACAUUCUUGUUAAGGAAUCCGAUCCUGGGACAACAUCCCCCCCCAAAAAAACAUUUUAUAGAAAGAACAAAAAUGUUUAAAAUAUACAAGCUCUCAGCUACAUUUACAUAAAGAAUAGUAAUGAACAAGGUAAAAUGGCAAUUUAACAUGUUUAAAGAUGCAAGGCCUGUAGGACUGUCAGCACAUAGAGAGUUGAUUUGUUCAAAAGUUAAGCAACAAACUAAAAUCCCAAACAGCUUGUGAUUCAAAGUAUGUGAUAAAUCUGAAAUGGUGUCCUUGGGGCAAACAAUAUGUCGGAUGCACAAAGAGAAAUCUGAAAGAGGUAAUAUUGGAACAAAUUAAAAGAUUUGCAAGCAACAUUUUAUCCUAAUACAUUUUAAAGUAUGUCCUAAAUUUCAUUUUAAAAAUUAAAAAUUUCUAGCAAUUGAAAUUUUUUUUACCACACUGGAGAUGAGGAGACAAAGAAAGAAGAACAAAGAGAAUCCGACAGGAUGCAUUAGCAUGGUUUGAAUGAAGAAUUAGACUUGGCUUUGUUUUUAUAAAAAUGUUUUUAUUACACAGAAUACAAUUGUGAAACUAUUAGGUGAAGAGUUUAAAUUAUACAGGUAAUUGUUUAUAUUUUUAUAUUUUCCUAGAAGAAAAACUACCACAACAAGAGGACAUGGUCUUAAGUUAGAGGGGCAAAGGUUUAGAAAUAAAUCAGGAAGUAUUACUUUACAGAGAGGGUAGUGGAUGCAUGGAAUAUCCUUCCAGCUGAAGUGGUAGAGGUUAACACAGUAAAGGAGUUUAAGCAUGUGUGGGAUAGGACUAAAGGCUAUUCUACAUAUAUAAUAAGGCCAGGGACUAAUGAAAGUAUUUAGACAAUUGGGCAGACUAGAUGGGUCAAAUGGUACUUUAUCUGCUGUCACAUUCUAUUCUUCCAGUGGAAAUAGAAUGUUAAGGUUAAAUAUAAUAAAUAAUUAAAAAUUAUAAAAAUAAUAACCUAAACAAAAUAAUUUUCACUAUAAGGUAUAUUACUUUAUUAGUUAAUGAAUAAUAUAAUUUGUGGUUAUGGGUGCUCCUUCCCAGUCGUGGAUAUGUAAAAGUAUUUGCAGUGCUUGACAAAGGCUCUUCAACUAGGCUUCCAUGGAAUCUGCAUUAUAGGCAUGCUCAGAGGUAAAGUGGUGGAGGUGGCAGUGGCGGAUCCAUGGGGUGGGGCAACGGGGCAAUUGCCCCCCCCCCGAGAAAACCGAGGGUCUCCCUCUCCCCUGCCAGUACAUGCAGGCGCCAGCCCUGCAAUGUGCCUUCAUGGACUGGAGGGCAAAUCAGAGAUCUCCCUCCCCGCUCCGCAGGCACAUUGCUGGCAGCUGGCAGGGGUGUGAGGGAGAGAGAGGACCCGGGAGCUCCUCCGGGUCCUUCUCUCGCGAGCUUGGAGCAUUGCCGCGGUUACCACGGCAACGCUCCAAAUCUCGCGAGAGUGAACUCUAGCCCUGGAGCUACGGGCUAGAGUUCACUCUCACCAUUGGGCCACCAGGAAUUCCCCACGGACCACCAGGGAUGGAAAAAUGUCCCCCCUCCUCCCAGUAAAGGUAAGAAGGGAGGGGGGACAUAAUGUAGUUUUAUUUUUAUUUAAUUAAAAUAAAUAAACAACACACAUAUUAUAAAAAAGCCCCCAUACCCUUCUUAUCACACACACACACUGCCCCCCAUACACACACACUCUACACACACACACACACACUGCCCCCAUACACACACACAGCCCCCAUACACACACACACCCCCCAUACACACACACACACACGGCCCCCAUACACACACACACAUUGCCCCCAAACACACACACACUGCCCCCAUACACACACACACACACACUGCCCCCAUACACACACACUGCCCCCAUACACACACACCUCCCACAUACACACACACUCCCCCCCUACACACAUUGCCCUACACAUACACUGCCCCCUAUACACACACACAUUGCCCACACUCACACAUACACUACACCUGUUACACACACACAUACUGUCCCACACAUACACUGCAUCCCUGACAUACACUACCACCCUCACUCACACACUAUAACCUUCACACAAACACACACUGCUCACACACUGUCACCCUCACACACACACACACACACUGCACCCCUUACACAUUGCACCACUCACACACACCACUGCUCCUAUGCCCUACUACAGACCCGUUUCCCAGCAGACCUCAGGUAAGUUGUCAAACUGUUCUUAAACAGUUUGACUACUUACUCUGGGAGGGGGUCCUGGCACUAUUGACACCAUAACCACUACACUGAGCUGUAGUGGUUAUUGUGUUUGGAUUAUUUCUUUAAAUAAUCUACAAGUGCCCCUCCCGAGAUCAGGCUCUGGAUCCGCCACUGGGAGGUGGGAGCAAAUAAUGCAUUUCAUUUAUAAUUAAUAUAAUGUGUGGGGAGACUGGACACAACAAACACUGCAUAUUCCUCACAUAUUCAUUGUAUGGUCAAAGGUGUGUGGACAAUCAUUGAGUUCAGAUUUCUCAGCCUUAUCCAGCAUAUAGCCAUGACCCCUCCACAGAUAAACACUGUCAUUUUCCUUGGAUACCAUAUUUGACACAAGUCAGUUUGUGAAAUUUCUUCCCUACUGGAUCUGGCCCAGUCACUUAUAAGAGCUAUUAUUAUAUAAGUGGAAGAAUCUAGGAACAACAGCUCAGCCAGGAACGGUACACCACAUAUGCUCACAGAGUGGGCUCACCAACAACUGAAACACAUCAUCCAUUACAAUACUCACAUCGUUCUACACUGCCUAUGGAAGCAGUAACCACAAAUAAACUGUGUGUGUCGGGAACUUCAUAAACUCAGUUUCCAAGGACUAGCUCAGAGCAACUGACCCUGGGACAAGAGAGACUGCCAACUCACUGAGCCCCCUUACAGAUGCAAAAAUGUUCGGCUACGCAGACAGAAUAUGCAUUUUGCCGUGCCUCACCCCUACACGUUCCUCGCACUUGUUUAUCCCUUGAUGGUGCUGCUCUCACAUAAAUAUUUGAGGAGUGCGCUGCCCAGCACCCAGAAUGGCUGUGUGAGACUAGACUUGUGCAUUCCUUUUUGAAAAAUGCCAACUUGUAUAAAUUUUGGACAAUCGAUUAAUUCAGAAGAUUUAGAAUUGCUUUUCUAAUUAAGUAAAUUAAAGACAAUUGCUCGUUGGAUGAGAAUUCGCCCAUGCAAUUUGUUCAUUUGUUUGUUUAUCUAAUUACAAGGAGGGAGCUACCAGCUCUCUCCUUGUAAUUAGAUUAUUUUCAAAUUGAAGCAGCGGGUACCCGCGAGUAGAGAUCCCUACCACUUUCUUCUCCCAAUCCCCUUGACUGUUACAUUUUACUUUAUUAAAUCCCUCCAUAACCAUCUAACUUUAAUUAAGCAUGAAGAAUUAAAAUCAUUUCAGCCCAAAGUGUAUUUUCCUGUGUAGAAUCAGAUCUUGCAUCGUUUUCGGUGCUAACUUUACUUCCCAAUUAGUUACGUGUGUUCCGUAACAAAGUGUAUUGAAUUUGUAGAAUCGGAUUCUGCAUCAUUCUGUGCUACCUCUCAUGUCUAAUUGAAUAUCUCAGAGAACACACUUUACUUAUUGGAAAGUGAAGUUUGCACAAAACUAUACAUUGGCAAAAAUUUCAGUUCAGUUCGGCAAUUCGGGACUUCAGCAAUUCCCUAACUCUAACCCUACCCCUACCCCUACUAGGGUUAAGUGUAGGGUUAGAGGAAGGUUGGGGUAAAGGUUAGGGUUAGAUUCCUGCCAUUAUUCCCUUAAUUUUCCCUCCCUCUCCUGUUUUGACACUUUUCAGAAAUCCAAAGCACGUCCGUACUUCUGAAAUUCGGCACUUCAGCAAUUCGGUUCCGCACUUCCGAAAUUCGGCACUUCGGCAAUUCGGUAAUUAGGACAUUCAGAAGCAAAACGAAUUGCACAUGUCUACUAUACAUAAUCUGAUUCUAAACAUGAAAAUACACUGGGUUAAAAGGAUUUCAUUUUGCGCACUCUGUUCAGUAGACGUGGUUAAACAAAACAUGCUUAUCUCAUUGAGAAGUGAAUGUAUACAGAAACUGAUUUUUCACAUUAAAAUACACUUUGGGUUGAAAUGAUUUCAUUUUACAUAUUCUGCUCAUAGGAGAUAUAGAGAUUAUACAUAGAAUGCACUUUACUCAAUGGGAAGCGACGGUAGCAUCAAAAAAGAUGUUGAAUCUUAUUCAACACAUGAAAAUACACUUUGGAUUGAAAGGAUUUUCACUCUCCAUGCUUAGUUCAGGGGGUAUAAUUGGGUGAGGGGGUAUGGAGGGUUUUAAAUUAUACUCACUAAUUCCAAAUUGGAAGUAGGAAGCGACGGGAAGCUCUGUUCCCCAUGACUUCUAUUUUUAACCACUUACUUGUUGGUUAUUGUUAAAAAUGGAAGCAGUCCGUCCAAAUAUCCUUUAAAAAUUAAAUAUGCAAAUGCAUAUCAGAAGAACCUAACCAAAGCAUUGACAAAAGUUGGAUUUUAAUUUUGGACAGACCAAUUUGGAAAAAAACAUAUUUCUAUCCAUGCAGACAUGUAGUCAUGACACCAACAUCCACAGAUUCUCCAAACAGGGGGAUUUACUGUUAAGGUGUUACUCCAGCUAAAAGAGUCUUUUACUAAAACAUGCAGCCCCACAGCCCUGUUAAAAUAAAUAAAUAAAGCAAAAUUAAUUACACACUUGCGCUGUAUCACAUGCAAGUGUUGUACAUGUGUGGGGAUGCUGUCUUUGGUGUUGAAUGUGUUUGGUUGUUGCGUGUGGAUUUGCAUGUGUAGAGUGAAUGUAAAAGGCUGUAGAGUCUGUGGCUGGGGCUGUAGUGCAUGUAUAAGGCAACUUUAACCCUGGCAUAGGUGUUGUAGAGAGUGUUUGCCAUCGGGCUGUAGUUUGUGUGUGUUUGUAUCUAGGGGAUUCAGUGUAAGUAUAUAUGUUUAUACGGGUUGCAUACGGGUUUUCUGUGUGUGUAUUUGGAGCUGUAGUGUCUGCAUGUGUAUAGAGGCUGUAGUGUGCAUGUGUAUGUAUAGGGGCUAUAGUGUUUGUGUGUGGGGGUACAGUGUGUAUGUAUAGGGGUUGUAACAAAAUCCCUUAUUAAACAGACUAUGAGAACCAGCCUGUUCGGUUAUUUAGACGUGUGUGGGGUGAUUUCGUGCAAACAGCAAGAAAACGAAUAAACUGCCGAAUCACCCGACCUCCUACUGAGGUCGUGUGGCGCCCAUUAACCACCCAGACUUUGCGGUUAACCACAGAGUAAUUUGGGAACAGCUUCGUGGUCCGCGUUCGUCUGCCGAACACGUGGCAGUCGCCAUUUUAAAUUGUCGAAUGCCCAGCGGUAAAUGACAGCGAUGCCCUGGAACUCUUUUUCGGAUACUUAUUCUGCCGAACACCGCUGAUACCUACCAAGGUCCUUGUUCAUACGGUUGAAAACACACGAAUGCCGGAGACAUUACCCCGUUCGGGACUAGGAUUUAUGCGAAAGAGACCGACCCCAGAUAGCUACAUUGUGGAACUCUUUGUCGGAUACAAACACGCGAACGGCCGGUGAAGUCCAAACUUCAUUCGACGUUUUUGAUGCACUCAGAUCCAAGCUAUCUGGGGGUAUGUGGGACUUAAAGUUUAUGUUCAGUAAAAUAUAAGUUAUAGACAUUUAUGCUGUUUUGUGAAUAUGGGAAAAGCCAUGUUUCUUUCUACCUGGAGAUAAUUAAGGCUCUCUUUACUACCUUAAGUUAAUUAUCUCCAGGAUGGAAAGGAGGGAGUGACCUAUGUAAAAGGAGAGUGCUUAUGUUAUAGCCACUGCGAUUGGCUACUGUUAUUCUUUUGUCCCAGUCUUCCAUCUGGUCCCCUAGGGGAGUGUCCACCAGGUGGGAGACCUGCAUAAAUACCGGGCAGGUAGCCCCCAUUAAAUCAGAUCGUUUUACCCCUUCAUGAAGUCUCGACUCAUGUUUGGGGGAUUGGAAGCUAUAAUCACUCUGUUUCAGCGGGAUUUCAGGAGAAGCUACAAGGAUCAGCACUGCACGAAUAGAAGGAUCCUUUACAGGGGUGUUGUGCAUGGGUAUUUGGCGUAUAUUGCUAUCUUGUGUGUGUAUUGGAGGUGCAACUUGUAUGUACAAGGGGUGUAAUGUAUGGGUAUUGUGAGUGUAUAGGAGGUGCAGCAUAUUUGUAGGGUCAUAGUGUAUUUAUAGGGUGUGGAGUGUGCUUGUAGGGAUGCACUUUGUGUAUACAGGGUAAAGUGAAUGUUUAAAGGGGUGUGCUCAGUAUAUAGGAUUUAUAGUAUGUGUACAGUGUGUAUAGAGUGUGCAUAUGGGUAGGAGGGGCUUUAUUGAUUUAAAUAAUAUUAUAAUUUUUUAUAAUAAUUAUAAAAAAAAACGUAUGAGGGGAUGGGGUGACACCUAAACCAGGUACAGACCAAAAAGUAUCUGUUGUGAUCUCUGGGACUUACAGUGUCAGAGUAUUUUUGUUUUUUUUGUCAAUCAAUAUUUUAAUUGAGAUUUAAGUAUGAUAUAGGUUAUAAACACUAAUGAGAAAGGCCCCCUUCAGUUACAUAGUUAAAUAGUUACCUGAAAAGCUAAAUGUGUCCUUCAAGUUUGGCCUUCCUCACAUCUGUUUUUCCAGUUGUUCCAAAAAAAAAAAUAAUACACUUUGAAGUGCUUCCAAUUUAACAACAAACUCAGAAAAAAUCCUUUCUAGUUGUUGAGCCCUCGGUCCAUGAACGAGUGCCAGACUGAUCAGUCUGCCCUGGUAAAACUACACUAUGUAUAUUAGGGGUUCCUUAAGAGUUGUUCAUGCAUAUAGUCUAGAUCAGUUUUCCCCCCCCCCCAUAAUAUGUUGGCUGUGAAACUAAACACAGAAUGUUCUUUCACAUUCAAAUUUAUGUUGGUAAAUAGACCACACUGCAAACCAUACUGAUGAUCCAGACAUUCCUUGCUUUAAUCCUGAUCACAAAUUCACACAUUUACAGAUUCACUUACAAAUUUGUACACACACUCACAGAUACAAACACAUACUCAUGGGUACACACAUACAUUUGAUUAAAAGACCAUCAACAUAAAAAAAAAAAAAAUCUAAAUAUCAUUCUAAAAUGUAAACUUAGAGGAAGUGACAUAAGAUCACUUCCUCUGAAUGCUACCACAAAGGAGGGAAGAGGGAGCAACUCAGCCCUACAUCACCUCCAUUAACCUACCCUCCAGCCUAUUGGUCAGGUGGUGCCAACUUGGAGUGUGCAUCCUGUGUGAUCACACAAGUCAUACACCCCUAAGGCUGACCCUGAACCCGCAAUCCUUAUUUAGGUCAUGACUAAACUGCAACUCCAAAAAUUCAGCUGAGCCAAACCUACAUUUGGCCGAAAUUCAGGGUUCCCAAUUUUUUUUAUAUUUUAAGAAAAAAUGGUCCCAUCAAGCCAAAUGUUCUGGUUGUGCACAAAUCCAGUUGCAACAGUGAGUUUGGGAACCACCAGUUACGAAACACAAUGAAUAUCUUAUGUUCAGGCCCUAUUUGUUCUACACCCCAAACAAAUAAAAUGUUUGUAUACACUAACUGCCUAAAGCUAAUACUAAACUCACAUGCACUAGCUGCAUAUAGCUAAUUGAAAUAAGUGUUUGGGGUGCUGGCACAACGCAUAUUAGUGGAAAAAGAAAAUAAACAGAUAUUUUUAAAACCGUAUUGGAGUCCUGAGUGUAUUUGUGUAAGUGUCUAUGUGUGCAAAUCUGUCUGUGUAUGUGCACAUGAAGUGCUGAGCAAAGUUAUUUCUGACAGAAGUGAUCUGCUGACUGCUGCACCUUUCCCAUGGCUGGAAAGAAUUCUUCUUCUUCUUCUUUCUCAAAUCCUCUCAACUACUCUGCCUAAUUCUGAAUUCCACUUUUAGGGCCAAAAAUACAGUUUCAAGAAAAAGUAUGUGAACCCUUUGAAAUGAUAUGGAUUUCUGCACAAAUUGGUCAUAAAAUGUGAUCUGAUCAUCAUCUAAGUCACAACAAUAGACAAUCACAGUCUGCUUAAACUAAUAACACACAAAGAAUGUUGCCAUGUUUUUAUUGAACACACCAUGUAAACAUUCACAGUGCAGGUGGAAAAAGUAUGUGAACCCCUAGACUAAUGACAUCUCCAAGAGCUAAUUGGAGUGAGAUGUCAGCCAACUGGAGUCCAAUCAAUGAGAUGAGAUAGGAGGUGAUUUUCACAAGAAGCAUUGCCUGAUGUGAAUGAUGCCUCGCACAAAAGAGCUCUCAGAAGACCUACGAUUAAGAAUUGUUGACUUGCAUAAAGCUGGAAAGGGUUAUAAAAGUAUCUCCAAAAGCCUUGCUGUUCAUCAGUCCAUGGUAAGACAAAUUGUCUAUAAAUGGAGAAAGUUCAGCACUGCUGCUACUCUCCCUAGGAGUGGCCGUCCUGUAAAGAUGACUGCAAGAGCACAGCGCAGACUGCUCAAUGAGGUGAAGAAGAAUCCUACAGUGUCAGCUAAAGACUUACAAAAGUCACUGGCAAAUGCUAACAUCCCUGUUAGCGAAUCUACAAUAUGUAAAACACUAAACAAGAAUGGAUUUCAUGGGAGGAUACCACAGCUGUCCAAACAAAACAUUGCUGCACGUUUACAGUUUGCACAAGAGUACCUGGAUGUUCCACAGCAGUACUGGCAAAAUAUUCUGUGGACAGAUGAAACCAAAGUUGAGUUGUUUGGAAGAAACACACAACACUAUGUGUGGCGAAAAAAAGGCACAGCACACCAACAUCAAAACCUCAUCCCAACUGUGAAGUAUGGUGGUGGGGGCAUCAUGGUUUUGGGAUGCUUUGCUGCAUCAGGGCCUGGACAGAUUGCUAUCAUUGAAGGAAAAAUGAAUUCCCAAGUUUAUCAAGACAUUUUGCCAGAGAACUUAAGGCCAUCUGUCUACCAGCUGAAGCUCAACAGAAGAUGGGUGUUGCAACAGGACAAUGACCUAAAGCAUAGACAUAAAUCAACAACAGAAUGGCUUAAACAGAAGAAAAUACGCCUUCUGAAGUGGCCCAGUCAGAGUCCUGACCUCAACCCUAUUGAGAUGCUGUGGCAUGACCUCAAGAAAGCGAUUCACACCAGACAUCCCAAGAAUAUUGCUGAACUGAAAUAGUUCUGUAAAGAGGAAUGGUCAAGAAUUACUCCUGACCAUUGUGCACAUGUGAUCUGCAACUACAGGAAACGUUUGGUUGAAGUUAUUGCUGCCAAAGGAGGUUCAACCAGUUAUUAAAUUAAAGGGUUCACAUACUUUUUCCACCUGCACUGUGAAUGUUUACAUGGUGUGUUCAAUAAAAAACAUGGCAACAUUUCAUUCUUUGUGUGUUAUUAGUUUAAGCAGACUGUGAUUGUCUAUUGUUGUGACUUAGAUGAUGAUCAGAUCACAUUUUAUGACCAAUUUGUGCAGAAAUCCAUAUCAUUCCAAAGGGUUCACAUACUUUUUCGUGCAACUGUAGAGAUGAUUGAUGGGGAAAAGAUGAUUGAUGGCUAUGGGCCCAAGACCUCUUCCACAUGUCACAGUGUGCUAGUGUGCACAUGCAUGUCAUAGUGUUGAGCAUUCAGUCUGUGUCCAAGUGCCCAACUGAUCAGUUCGCCUCUGCCCUGAAAGGCCGUUUUAGUGGUUAUAGUGCUUGGAGUGCUCCUUUAAGUACACAAAUAAGUCAUUAUCGUCAAAGCAGACUUAUACCCGCUGCAAACAUAGGUGCUGUGUGGUAAUACUAAAAAAGCAGCCACAAGCUCAGUUUAGUUUUUUACAUUUAGCCCAUGCUCUAUCCUUUAUGUAUUUGAAUUGUCUUUUUAACGUAUUCAUUAUUUCACUUUACUGACGCUAUAAUGUGCUUGUUGGUUGUGUUUCCUGUUGUGUGUUUAGCCUUAAGCCAGAUAUGUAAUAUUGCAGUCUCACAGAAGAUUUGGCUUGCUAUAUGUCACAAACGUAUUUCGUAAAUCAAACUUCUAAAUUAAGCUAAUCAAAUUUCAGCUACAGGCCCAUAAUGCCCUAUACGCGGCACUUGAACUAUUUUCUACUGUGAUGAAAAUUCUUCUUUCUGUAACGCUGGCCUGUCUUUUAUAGCAUCUUUUAAAUAUCUCAUUACCCACUGCAAUGUUAGUGGGUUAUGUCAGAGAGCUCUAGGAGCAGAUUAAAUAUAUCUUAGUAUUUAUAAUCAGAAUAUUGGACAUAUGUUUGAAAGCACCCCAAAAUCUUAUCAGGCCUUAAAAUUUGCAGUUUUUCCAGAUGGCAUCAGAGAAGCCAAGAUUGGAAACAUUAUAGAGACAGAUACGAUACAUAUUUUUCUAAAACAGGUAGACAUUUUUAGAGAUAAAAUAUUAUUAAUCCUGACUAACAACAGUUUUUUCAUUGCAAAAAAAGUGCCCCUAUUAAAGAGCCUUCUAUAAAUGAGUUAAUUAUAUAUGUGCCCACAUGCUUACUUCUAAUAGCUACAUCUGUAAUUGGUGUUUUUGCCUUUAUAAUUCAUGUCUAUUUUGUGGUCUGUCAGCUUACAUAAAUUAUUGGCAUGGCUGUCAAUAAUGUCUGCAUGAGAUGAAUAGUGGGAGUUUGACCGAAUGGAGCAUGAGACUUUUUUUCGCUCUCGCUCAUCUCUUUUUUUGAAGUUGAGUUGAUCGUAGAAUAGCUAUUAUUUUACAUGGAUAGACAAUGAAGAUAUUUAGGUAUCUGUUUUGUAUUUUGUAAGUAUCAAAUAUUUUAUCUUAGAGGGAAGUGAAACUGAAAAAAACUCUAGCAAGCAGUUACAUAUUUAGAAAUAUGGGGAGCGGAUGAAGGGAUGUUAUUUUGUAUAUAAAGCAGAAAUGAUAGCUGAGUAACAAAAAUAGCAUUGUUGCCAUCAAAUAUGGAAAUGACAAUAUUGCAAGAAACUUUGUGAAGUUAGUUAAUGGGUACUUAAUACCAAGAGGGCCAAGCCUUUAUGCUGGUGCUUUAGAAAAUAAAUGGUCCAGAAUGUCUCCAGGUGUGUGCAAAAAGCCUUUAUUUGUGCCCCUAACUACAGUAAGAGGGCAUAAAUACAUUUAUUUUUGCAGGAGUAGUUAUUUUGGAGAAGUACUGUACUAUUUAUUUUCUCUUGUGCAGUUGUAGCUGUUUUGGUGGGACAAAACACACGCUUUCUGACUCUCGACAUACCCUAGGCACACAUAUUACACCACAAAUACAAGUGUUGCACCCUCCAUUAAAAAUAAGUUUGGGUACCUCUCUGCUCUAAUUUUGUAUUAUACAUGUAGUGUUCCUUUGUAUUACUAGAGGCACCUGCUAUUUUCCAUAAAUUCGUACUGAGCCCAAAGGUGGAAAUGGACAUAGCACCAUAUUCACAUCUGAAUAAUAGUGGGCCCCCAAGCACCCACAUGGGUAAUUCAAUAACCACAUCAUCUCACAGAAUAUAGGACUAAGGUUUGAUUUUUUUAAUGUUGUCCUCUACUCAUCACUAACUAGGUGGGAAACAGUGCAGUGGGGACUUGUACUGCCACUCAACAGUUUUUGUGAUACCUUUAUUUAUUUUCAGUUUUAUUACAAUUUACUCAGCAUUAAGUGUUGAUAAAAGCAGUAAUAAAACCACUACAGCCCACUCUAGUGAUUAUGAUGCUAGGAGUACCAUGGCACCAUUCCCUGGUAAUGGGGCAAACCAUUUUGCAACAAAGUGCCCUCUUACAUGGAUCUUAAUGGGUGCCGAGCCUCCUAACAUACCUGGUUGUGUGCAUCUGACGGCUGAGAAAAUAAUCAUGUCAGUACAGCAUUGAAAGAAAGAUCCCAUUACCAGGAUUUGUGAUAUCUGCCUUUGGCUUUGCAUUGGGCGUUAUAUGCUUGAUACCCUAAAAGACAGGUUUGCAUAGUGUCCUGUUUUUUAGGACUGCCAUUUGGUUACAGACCUCUAUAAAGCAUUGUUUCCCAAAUACACAUAUCAAUAGGUUUAUAGUUUUGAACAGAGGUUGAUGUAUGAUUGGGUUAGGGGAUGAGUACAUGGGGUAAAGUGAAUUCAACAGUCGAGGGGGCAAUAUCCCACCAUCUUUUAUCUUUACUAGCAUCCAAUGGGUCAUAUCAUAGUUUACUGCUUGUUUAACAUGUGGUAUGUUGAGGGAUAGGGAAGACUGUGCUGCGCCGCUCACUUCACCCCCUAUUUACGACAAACAACAGGGUAGGACAAGACUGGUCAUUAAUUAGUGAAAGUUUCACCUUGUGUUUUUGUGUGAGUAUCUGUGUAUUUAUCUAUUUAUAAAUAUUUGCAUCUGUGUGUAUAUAUUUGUGUCUGUAACUGUGUGUAUAUUAGGUCCCACAUUUUAAGUUCUAGAAUCGUCCAUGUUCACUGGAAUGGCUAGAGAUAAAACUGUAUUACAGAUUUCUAAUAAAUAUAACUUUACAUAAACAUUAUUAUUAUUAUUUAAAGAGCAGAUGUCUCUACCCAGUAUAUUUAAAAUCAUGCUUACUUAUCUCCUGUAGUUAACAAAUAAGCAUUUAUAAUGUGUGAAAAUAACUUUUAGAAAUCAACAUCCCUCUAUCCUGCAGCUGGGCACUUUUAUCUUAGCACCCUGUCAAUCACUUUAUGUUAUACAUUUUGGAUUUUGAGCAUGCCUGGGAGCAUAGAGAAAGCAUAGAGAGUUGGAAUUGACUCAAACAAUGUUUCGAUUUCUGUUUCUCGUGUGCAGCUUGGCUGGGCUGAACUAUAUAGUGAUAUAAUUUGUUAAUCUUUAACAUAAAUUUAAAACAAAACAAUAAAAUAAAACAAAUUAUAGGAAAGUUCCAAUAUUUUAUUCACAGUUUCCCUUUAAACCAGUUUUUGAUCUGCUGAAAACACUGAAUUAUUGUUUGUUUUUUGUUGUUUUGUGUGUGUCUGCUAUUAACUGGUUAACUGCAAAGCAAAUGCAUUGAAGCUAAAUGGAAUAUUUCCUGGCAGAAUAAAGUCCCUGUGCAGCAGGAGCGUGAGACAUCGAUAGCACAGAGUAUGGAAACCUACAUAACACUUGACUACAAGAAGAUUUAAAUUGGCUCGAAGGUGCUAAUGAGCUGUUCAUGCAGCAAUGGGAAAAAAGAGGGCAGCAUAUCAGGAUUAUACCAUUAAAUGCAGAGCCUCCUGCUAGUGAUUUGCUUUCUGUACCUCAUCAUCCAAUCAGCCAACACAUUGUAUAUCAGUACAAAAAGAUAAGUCACUCCCAUCACUCCUGGGCAGCAGCAAUGACCACAGUACACAUCAGCUCCAAUAUAUAGUUAAAAACCAAAGGAAAAAAAUUUACCUGCGCUCUCUCCUUAAUCCCUAUGUAUAUUUAGACAAAUGGAGGUAAUUUAGUUACUCCAAUGGCCAUUGGAGGGAAUGCCCGCCUGCCAACGUCAAGGCAGACCCCCUAAGCGGGUCCUACACUGACCCUUCACCUUGCUUCCUUGAGCUUCUGGCAAAGAUAGCUCCACUGAGACAACUCUCUGUCCAUUUGUCUAAAUAUACAUAGGGAUUAAAGAGAGAGCGCAUGUAACUUUUUUUUUCUUUGGUUUUUAAUAUUGUAUAUCAGACACAAUUUUAACAUGCUCUUCUAUAUUUAAGGUCAAUGGUCAGCAUCUAUACCCAUGUCCUCUCCACAUGUCUCCUCUUGAAAGAGACACUCUAAGAAUCCAAACGACUUUAACUUAAUGAAGCAGUGUUUGUGUAUAAAUAUUCAACCUGCAGUCUUAAUCAGGCCUGGACUGGCCAUCGUGCAAAAAACCUGGUGGGCCACAAUGGCCAUGGGCCAAGACCAGCAGUGGAGAUCAGAGGAGCAGGGUCGGCACUAUCCGAGCACCGACCCUGCUGUGUGCCAUGACUGGCCGGUGGGGAGAUCAAUGAUCUCCCUCAUCGGCCCUCUGGCACCUCACUGUAGCAACUGACAGGGGAGGGAGGAGAGAUCCCGGGAGCUCGAGCCAGAAGUUCCUCCAGGUUCCUCUUGCGAGGUCGGAGCGUUGUCACGGUUACCAUGGCAAAAGUGAAUUCUAGCCCCAGAAGCUGCUGGCUAGAGUUCACUCACCACUAGGACCACCAGGGAUUGCAGGCAUUGUCCCCCCUCUCUGGGCAAAGGUAGGAAGGGGCGGGGGGAUAUAAAGUAUAUUUGUUUCAAUAAAAAAUUUUUAAAUGACACAGAUAUAUUUGCUUUAAUCUGCCUCACACUGCACCCAUCAACCACACAGUGCCCGCUUCACACACACUACACCUCUCACACACACACACUGCACCCCCACACAUACUGCACUCCCCCCACCUCUCACACGCACACUGCAUCCCCCAACACAGUGCACCUUAUACAAACACGAGCACAUGCUCACACACUGCACCUCACACGCACAAUGCACACUUCACGCACACACACUGCACUCUUCGCACGCUGCACUCCUACACACUUUACAUUCCAGACACACACACUACAUCCCUUAUACACACACACUAGAUCCUAUACAUAGCUCUGGAUCUUCUACACACACACAUGGAUACACACACUAGAGCCCCUAUACACACAUUGAACCCUCUACACAUGCACACACUAAAUAUCAUAUGCAUACUCUGGGUUCUCCACACACACUAGAUCCCCUUUAAGCAAACAUGCACGACUUGCCCUAUACACACACUUUACAACCCCUACAGCCCGAUACACUUGCUAAAUCCCCUAACACACGCUUUCUCACUCUUGACAUACCCUAGCCAUGCCACACAUAUUACACCACAAAUACAACACAACUGAAACUGACAUUUACACAAAACACCACACCACUAUCAGCUCGCUCUACACACAUUCCCUCAAGCAGGCUCCAAACACAUGCACAAUAUGCUUUCCUUCCUCUUAUGGAGACACCAGAGACAAGUCACAAGCAAACAUAGUGCAAGCAUGUUAACAAUUUGCUUGCGCUGUGCAGAACAAAUACAGGGCAUUUAUCUCAGCAGGGCUCUGCGCAUGGGCUACCCUGGAAGUGCAUUGAACCGACAUGCUCACCCCCCUCUCUAGCCACGCUCCCUUCUCAGUGGGCCGCUAUGAUUAAAAAAUGGCCACAUAUUUUUCCUAGUCUAGCCCUGGUCUCAAUAAUAAAUUAUCUGGUAUUUAGGUGUUAAAUCCCUCUUGAUUCUAUUUAGGCCUUCCUAGACACAUCUGCUUGGCCUGUGACUGACAUAAGCUCCAUUAAAAUUGUUACAUUUUAAUUAGCUCUUACAGCACAGUGUUUUCACAUUAGAAGUUAUUUCUCUUGCUCUGUGAAAGGACCUCUAAAGGCACCCAGACCACUUGAUCUUAAUGAAGUGGUCUGGGUGCAGUGGUCCUGUAGUUUAACCUUACAAUGUAAAACACUGUAGUUUUGUAGAAACACCAGUGUUUUACAUUGCAGAUUUAAACACCCCCCCAUUGGCUGCCUUCCUGACAGACUCUAUAGGCGCCUUUGCAGCAACGACUGAGUUUAACCAAUGACAAGCAUUUGAAUGGAUGUGAGCACUUGCUUCACAUGCGCAUCAGUUCUCAAUACUCCUCUAUGGAUUGGACAAACACCUGGGAUGCGAUGCCUCCACUAUGACAUUGCAGUAAGUGGAGCAGUUGCAGCUCCAAGGGAGUCUCAGCACUGAAGUAAAGGUAAGUAGAACAUAUCAGGAAUUCAUAAUGUUAUAGUGUAACAAUAACACACAGGCUCUAGCAGGCAACUAGCAGAGCAGGAGAUAAUAAAUUCUAAAUUAAACACACAGCAGUAUGGGAAGCUGAAAAAUGUUAACUCUUUUUUUUCCAGGAAGUGUGUAGCAAGACUGUGUAAGGGAUAUGUGGCUAGAGUUACAUUGAAAAAAAUAUUUAACUCCUAAAUGGCAGAAAACUGAACUACAAGACUGCAGGGGUGUGAUCUAUACACAAAACCACUUAAUUAAGAACGUUGUUUUGGCGUUUAGAGAGCUUUUGAAAUAGGAAGCAAUAUUUAUUAGGAAUAUUUUCCAUUCAGGUCAAAUAGAGGAAUUUAUUUAGAUGCAAUUUUCUUUAGCUGCUAUAAUUAUGGGGGAGGGUUUCUUUGUUACUUUUUUUUUAUUUUUGGCCAUUUUUUCAUAAUAAUGCCUGUUAUAUAUGUAUUGUUGUAGAGGGGGAUUUUCUUUUCUUUGGUUAAGUUUGUGAUAUUUUUUUCAUGCUAAGGCCACAAUUAAAUUUUUUUGGGGAAAAAAAGCUAGUCAAAAUUAUCGAUUGUUUCCAGACAUUUUUUAAUUGAAUUUUAGUUGGAUUUAAAAACCUUUUUGAGCUUUAAAAAUCUCAGGUGAAAAAGACAUACGUAUAGAUAAUAAUAACAACAGUAUCUCUAUGUAUGGUUCAGGCAGAUCUUGGGUGAUCAAGUCAUGAUAUGGGGAAUUUGUAAUUUAGACUUUUAUCACUCACAAUGGAGUCUUUGCAUGGCCAUCUGAACAUGGAGUCUAUGAAUGACUGUCUGAACCAUGCAGACUCUGCAACAAAAAAAUAACAAACUCUGCUUAGAGGUGCUAGCUCUCAAUGGCAUCAAAGAUCAUAGUAAUAGUCUAAUAUACGUGCUGAUAUGAAAUACACAAACCGCUAACGUUGUUUUAUUUUCCACCUCUGUGUAGCUGUGCCUGGGACAAUGGUGCAGCUGGGAUCUAGCCUGGCAGAAAAAGGAGAGAAUGACCAAGGGCUGGAUGAGGACAAAGUGCCCUUGAUAGCUCCUCUAGAUGUCAACCAGCUGGAGCAACCCUUCCCUGAUAAGGUAGGAAGCUGGUGGGAGAGCUAGGAGUUCAAUAGGGACAUAUUAAGAUUAUAAAUGUAACACCAUCCCUUUUAGUUACAACUAUAUUGAUCUACAUUUGCAAAAUUAUAAAGUGGUACAAAUAUUAACUAGGAACACAAGAUUUUGUCUAGACAUUUUUUUUGGAACCUUCUUAUGACAAGUUUUCGUAGAAAGUUGUGCAACUCCCGGUCUCUGUGAUAAGGUGUGCAUAUACAAUGAUCAGGCACCACAUUAAAACCACUUACCUAAUAUCGUAUCAUGCUGCCAAAACAUCUCUGGUGUGCCUAGCCAUGGACUCAACAAGACAUCUUAACGUGCCCUGUGGUAUCUGGCACCAAUACAUUAGCAGCAGAUCCUCCAAACUGUGAGGUGGGGCCUCCGUGGUUUAGAUUUGUUGUUCCAACACAUCUCACAGAUGCUCAAUCAUAUUGAGAUAUGGGGAAUUUAAAGGCCAAGGCAUCACUUUGAAGUCUUUGUCAUGUUCCAUUCUUGAACAAUUGUUGCAGUGUGGCAUGGUGUAUUAACAUGCUGAAAGAGGCCACCGCCAUCAGGGAACACCAUUGUCAUGAAGGGGUGCACGUGGUUUGAAUCAAUCUCUAGGAAGGUGGUAUGUGUCAAAGAAACAUCCAUAUGAAUGUCAGGACCUAAGGUUUCCAAGCAGAACAUUGCCUAGAGCCUAACACUACCUCUGCCACUUCGCUUCUUCCCACAGUGCAUCCUGCUGCCAUCUCUUCCCCAGGUAAAUGGCGCACACACACACACACUCUCACACCCAUCCACCUGAUCUAAAACACAUGAUUCAUUAUACCACGCAACCUUAUUUGCUCCUUGGUCUAUAUUUGAUGCUCAUGUUCCCAUUGAAGGUGCUUUUGGCGAUAGACAACAGUCAUCAUGGGCCAUCAUGCAGUAUUGCAGCUCUAUAUGCAACAAACUGCAAAGCACUGUGUAUUUUGACACCUUUCUAUCAUCAAUAAGUUAUUUUUAGCUAUUUAGGCUACAGUAGCUCUACUAUGUGAUCAGACCAGACGGGCUAGCCUUCCCUCCCCAUGUGCAUCUAUGAGCCUUAGGCACCCACGACCUUGACGCCAGAUCACCGGUUGUCCUUCCCUGCACCACUUUUGGUAAUUACUAACCACUGCGAGGAACACCCCACAAGACAUUCCAUUUUGGAGAUGCUCUGGCCCAAUCAUCCUGUCAUCACUGUUUGGCUCAUGUCAAAGUCAUUCAGAUAUUUUUGUUCAUUUUAUCUGCUUCCAACACAUGAAAUUCAAGAUCUGACUGUUCACUUGCUGCCUAAUAUAUCCCAUCCCUUGACAGGUGCCAUUGUAAUAGACAUGUGCAAUUCGUUUCGGUCCGAAUGUGAAUUCGGCCGAAUUUCGGGAAAUUCGGUCAUUCGGGUACUUCCGAAUGUCCGAAUAGAUGAAUUGCCGAAUUGCCGAAUGGUCGAAGUCCCGAAGUUCAGAAAUUACCAAAUUUCCGAAGUUCCGAAGUUCCGAAGUCCCGAAGUCCCGAAGUUGCCGAAGUGCAGAAGAGCCGAAGUGCAGAAGUUCAGAAGCAUAGUAUUGCCUAAGAACUAAUAUACUUACCCAGUGGAAGAAUGAAGAAUGUUACACUGUAUACAAUUUUAAAUAAAAAGUAUACAAACAUAGCCAGGAUUCAGCUGUAAGCAUUUGCAACACUUACAACAACCAAGUAACAUACAUUCAUAUAAAAUGUAAGUUACUUAGCCAGUCAGUGUAAUGACAGGAAUGAAUAAGUAGAUAACUCCCUUAUUCCCACGGUAUUAGGGAGCUAUCUACUAAAAGGCUGGAAGACCUAAAUUGGUCUUUCAGCCAAAUUUACUAAUACUAAGUAAAGAUUACUUAGUAUUAGUAAAUUAUGCCCCUACUCGCUAUACUGCGAGUAGGGGCAUGCCUAUUAAACAGUGAGCAGCCUAAGUCCCCCCCCUCCCGAGCCCCCAUACUAAUAAGGGGGGAUCUUAUGUCCUCCCCCCUGAGCGGUGGGUGGGGGCCCUACAGUAAAAUAAGGGGGGACCUAAUGUCUUCCACCCUGGCCCCCACCCCUGAGCUGUGGGUGGGGGCCCUAAAUACUAAUAAGGGGGGACCUAAUGUCCUCUCCCCUGGCCCCCACCCCUGAGCAGUGGGUGGGUGCCCUAAAUACUAGUAAGGGUGGGGGACCUAAUGUCCUCCCCCCGGCCCCCACCCCUGAGCGGCGGGUGGGGGCGCUAAAUAUCAAUAGGGGGACCUAUUGUCCUCCCCCCCGGCCCCCACCCCUGAGCGGCGGGUGGGGCCCUAAAUAAAAAAGUUACCCCCCCAGGUGACUAGGGGUCCCCAAACCCCUAGUCACCCCCUCCCCCCCCAAAAAAAUUAAUCCCUACCUACCCCCCUCACCCUAAAAAUAAUGAGUUAAUUAAUUACCUGUAAAAAAAUUACCAUUUGAUGUCUUCUUUCUUCUAAAAUCUUCUUUUUUAAGCCCCAAAAAAGGCCAAAUAAAAAAUCCAUAAUAACCGACGCACUUUUAAAAAAAAAAAAAAAAUUUUUUUAAAAAAGCGCAAAAUAAAUAAUCCAUUUUCACCCAUUGAGGGCUCCGCGCAGACGGAGCUCUGCAGGGUCGGGGAAGGCGUAUAAAGCCUUUCCCCGCCCUGCAAUUAGGCUCAGAGCACUCUGAUUGGUGGGUUUAAGCCAUCCAAUUAGAGUGCUCUGACAGGUAAAUGAAGAGACUGACAGGUAAGUCUCUACAUUCACCUUUCACAGCACUCUGAUUGGUUGGCUUGAAAUCCACCAAUCAGAGUGCUCUGUGUCAUUUUACACAGCGUUGGAAAGUUCUUUGUAAAACAGGCUGCUCACUGUUUAAUAGACAUGCCCCUACUCGUGGUAUAGCGAGUAGGGGCAAAAUUUACUAAUAAUAAGUAAUUUUCACUUAGUAUUAGUAAAUUUGGCUGAAAGACCAAUUUAGGUCUUUCAGCCUUUUGGUAGAAAACUCCCUAAUACCGUGGGAAUUAGGGAGUUAUCUACUAAGCGGCUGCAAGAGAAGUCCCGAAGUGUCGAAAUGCAGAAGUUCCGAAGUUGCCGAAUUUCCGAAGUGUCAAAGUGUCAAAGUGCCGAAGUGCCGAAGUUGACGAAGUUCCGAAGUCCCGAAUAUCGGAAUGCCGUAACGAACCUAAAAUUUUCCCCAUGCACAUGCCUACAUUGUAACAAUAUAAUCAAUGUUAUUCACUUCACCUGUCAGUGGUUUUAAUGUUGUGGCUGAUCAGUGUAUAGCUGAGUACAUACAUUUUCCAAUAUUUCUAAUUUUGUUCCUUCCUAGGCAGGGCUUGAAAGUAGAGGCAUGAUUGUAUGAUGAGUGCAUGCUAAAUGCAUGGAUAUCAAAUUUGGAAAAAGUUGCCCUCCUUUCAAUCAUUCUUAUACCGUUUAUUACACACGUUCUAUGUAUCAGAAGAAAAAAAAUGCUUACCUACAACUCAGUCACAUCUUUUCCUGUUGCAAGGGGAAUAAUCUUCCUCUUUACCAACUGGAUACACAUAAAAGUAUUAAUGAAAGAAUCUGGGAUGGUUAAAUGGCAUUUAAAGCAAAGACAGUGGUCAUGAAUCUGUAGAUCUGUAGAUUCAACAUCUUUUAUUUCCCUUCUUUGGUUAACUCUGCCCCUCUAAUGAAAAAGACGCUGAGAACAUACCCUACCUAGAGCAUCACUUGAAUCUACAGAUCUACAUGUCUUACUGUGGUUUUUAUUUUCAGCUGAUUGUAAAGACACGGACAGAAUAUCAGCUGCAGCAAAAGAAGAAAAGAAAGAUCCAUGUUCCAGGAAUCAAACGUCUAAACAUCAACCUUUAUGAUGAGGUAUCUGAGAAAGUCAAGGUGAGUGCUUAUAAAUCAUCUCCUCUGAUCCUCACUUCAACUGGGGAAUUCCUCCUCUAAUCAUUUAGUAGAUCGAUGGUUAUUUAAGCAUUAGAGCCAGUGAACUAAUGUCAAUAAAAACAGCAAUGUUGAGAUGGGUAACAAUAUCAAAACUCCAGGACACACUUGAAAACUAGCAAAGGCUAAAUCUACCCGACUUUAAAUACUUUCAUGGUAUUACAGAGGAAGACUAAUUAUGCAGAAGAGUGAUUAGUUUUCCAAUGCAAAAUAUGUCUGUAAUAUUUUUCCCUUUCUCUAGGAAUCUUCCCAACUCUUUAAUUUCAAAACAUGCUCCACACUCUCAUUAGGGAAGUUCAAAUAUGUGAUAAUGUGCCAGAGUUUCUUGGAUUAUUGUAUUACUUGCAAAACAAACUUUAUAAGGUAUAAACACUGUGUUGAUUGGCAUUAAAGUUUGCUUAUGCAAUAAGUCAAUUUGCACAAAACAAUAUUUACCAUGCAUUAUAUAAGUCAGUGUACAAACCAGGAGACCCGGUGAGAUGGUUCUUUCUAAUUCCUCACAUCAUACGCACUGAUGUGGGUGUUUAAUGUAGAUAUGGUGGGCCGUCUCCCAUCUGCUUCAUCCUCCAUCCCUUGGGAUGAAGCUUUAAAAUAAUGAUUCCCAAUGAGAUGGGAGAUGUUUUAUUGAGUAGAUACCCAAGGGAUACCUUGUACUAACUCUCCGUAGCCAGUGUGGUUGGCAAGGGAUAAACAAAAGAAAGCAAUGGGCUUUUCAUAAUUUAACUAGGGGAGAUCGGGGCACUGGUCUGCCUUAUCCAGCACCUAUACAUGAUGGGUAAGGGGAUACAUAUGAAAUUGAUGGUCCAAAUACAACAAUUGGGAGAAUUAGGCAGUAACUAUAAUGAGGAAUGGUCAGUUUCCAGCAUGUAAAAUAAAAUUAGCUGUUUAUUAAUCAUAUGCCAGGAAACUGUGUAGUGACCAAAUGCAUUAUGAUUUCAGUUAUUGAUAUAGGGCCAACAUAUUCCUCAGCGCAGUACAACAGGAAAGAAGACAAACAUUUAAUUCUAACCAAACAUGUGUAGCAUAUGGAAACAGUAGGUGAAGAUGGCCCUGUCAAAAAGAGCUUAUAAUCUAACAACCUGUACAUUUAGCACAUUAUAUAUUGUUGCAGUGUUCCUCUGCCCAAUGUAGGGCAAUUGCCUUUUAUGUCAGGAAACCAUUAAGUGUAUAUUUCAGCAGUGAAAAACAGAUAACAUUCGUAUCUUGUAAUACCUUUUUUAUUGGACUAACAGAAUGUUUUAAUGACAAGCAUUUGGGAAAACCUCCCUUUAUCCAGUUUAGCAUUUCUGAGCAAGACACACAUAGAAGUUCAAAGCGACAUGAGUGCAGAUAAGACAAAGGUUUGAUAGAAAAUAGACACCAUUUUUGCAGAGGGUCGUAAAUAUCCUGUGUGAAGAUCACAAAGUGAGCGGGGAGAGAGAGAAAUAAAAACAAGCAAACAGUGCAGAAGAUGGUGCUAGAAAGGGAGAGUAAAAAAAUAAUAAUUACUUAUAUUAAGAAUGCAUGAAUUCCAAGAGUUACAGGAUAUGCACGAAUGCCUAUAUCCAGCAUACACACACACACUCACAUGUACAUAUACAUAAACACAGGUAGUGUAUAUGUACAAGUAUACACAAGUACAUACAAUACACAUACAAUAUACACAAGUACAUGCAACAAUAUACAUUUAAAUACAACCAAAUGCACAAAUAUAUGUACAUGCACACCAGUACAUAGAUCCACACAAGCACCUACACAUGUACAAAUGUGCAUACACUUACAUGGACCCAUAUAUAUAUAUAUAUAUAUAUAUAUAUAUAUAUAUAUAUAUAUAUAUAUAUAUAUAUAUAUAUAUAUAUAUACACACACACACACACACACACACACACACACACACCUAUUCACAUAUACACACAUUUGAUACAUACACACACAAAUUAUAUAUAUAUAUAUAUAUUUACACGCAUACACAUACACACAAACAUACAUACAUACAUAUACUCCUACAUACACACAUAUACAUAUACUUAUUUAUAUAUAUACCUAUUUACAUAUACACACACUUGAUACAUACACACACACAAAUAUAGUGGAAAAUUUAUUCAUACUUACCGUAAUUUUCUUUUCCUGGCUAUUAUUCAUGGCAGCAUAUACACAUGGGUAAGCUCCUCCCCUACAGCCGAUAGGACAGGAAAACCACCAAGGUUUUAAAAGGAGGCUCCAUCCCUAAGGUCCUCAGUCAGUUUACAAGCUCUACAGUACAUAAAUAGAGACAUUAAUGGGUGGGAAGUAUAUGCCGCCAUGAAUAAUAGCCAGGAAAAGAAAAUUACGGUAAGUAUGAAUACAUUUUCCCCUUUCCUGGCUAAUCAUGGCAGCAUAUACACAUGGGGAAUACCCAAGCUUACAAAGGGAGGGACAGAAUAGCCAAUCAAAUUGUCAGAAUAAUUCAAUAUAGAUAGAAGAAUGAACUGAGUUAAGUACUUGAGAACCAAAUUGUGCAUCAUAGACUGUUUUAAUGAACAGUAUGAAAUGCCAGACAAACGUGUCUAAAGAGGUUCAAAUGCUAGCUUACAAAAAGUGUCAGCAGGAACCAUUGCCAUGGCAACCCAUGAUGCUGCAACAGCAUGAGAGGAGAGUGCCCUGAUACCCUCCAGCACAGGUAGAGAACGGACGUGACGUCCAAAUUGUGCCUCAUUAAUUGCUUCAAUGUCCAAUAUGUAAUGCAGGACAAACUAGUUCAAAGAGGUCCAAAUGCCAACUUUACAAAGCUUCAGCAGAGACCAUUGCCAUGGAAGCCCACGAGAUGCUGUAACAGCACUAGUGGAGAAUGCCCCAAAUCAUUUGCUACAGGUAAAGAACGGCAUUGAAAGGCUCUCACUUUAGGCACGAUCACUGGUGCUACAUGCAAGACAACCAUAUCCAGUUGAAAUUCAGUGAAUGGGGGUACACAGGGUCAAGCCUGGAGUUCACCCAUUCCCCUUGCUGGGGUACCAGCCACCAGCACUUUCUGUGCUACCACCAUGGAAGCUCCUUCUAGAGGUUUGAAUAAUGGUUCAGUCAGGGCCCGUGAGACCAGUGGUACGUCACAUAUUGGCUUCACCACACUCAGUGGAGGCAUGAUUUCAAUCAAUGCCUAUAUGAAGCAAAGUGCAGCUAAGUGCACACAUUCACCCUGCUGAGGUACCAGUCAGCAACAGCAACGUCUGGGCUAACAUCAUGGAAGCUCCUGCUAGAAGUUCAGUCAGAGUCUGUGAGACCAGUGGUACGUCACAUAUUGGUUUCAACACCCUCAGCGGAGGCUUGAGUUCAAUUGUUGCUUACAUGAAGCAAAGCACCAGGGGCAUCAAUGCUCAAUCGGUACCCUUCAGUACAGGUAGAGAAUGACAUAGAUAAGCAUUCACCAUAGGCAGGAUCUUCAGGUGCCAAAUGCAAGACGACCAUACCUGUUGAAAAGUAGUGAAAGGGGGUUCACAGGAUCAAACCUGGAGUUCACCCAUUUUCCUUGCUGGGGUACCAGCCACCAGCACUUUCUGUGCUACCACCAUGGAAGCUCCUUCUAGAGGUUUGAAUAAUGGUUCAGUCAGGGCCCGUGAGACCAGUGGUACGUCACAUAUUGGCUUCACCACACUCAGUGGAGGCAUUUCAAUCAAUUACUAUAUGAAGCAAAGUGCAGCUAAGUGCACACAUUCACCCUGCUGAGGUACCAGUCACCGGCAACAGCAACGUCUGGGCUAACAUCAUGGAAGCUCCUGCUAGAAGUUCAGUCAGAGUCUGUGAGACCAGUGGUACGUCACAUAUUGGUUUCAACACCCUCAGCGGAGGAUUGAGUUCAAUUGUUGCUUACAUGAAGCAAAGCACCUGGGGCAUCAAUGCUCAAUCGGUACCCUUCAGUACAGGUAGAGAAUGACAUAGAUAAGCAUUCACCAUAGGCAGGAUCUUCAGGUGCCAAAUGCAAGACGACCAUACCUGUUAAAAAGUAGUGAAAGGGGGUUCACAGGAUCAAACCUGGAGUUCACCCAUUUUCCUUGCUGGGGUACCAGCCACCAGCACUUUCUGUGCUACCACCAUGGAAGCUCCUUCUAGAGGUUCGAAUAAUGGUUCAGUCAGGGCCCAUGUGACCAUUGGUACGUCACAUAUUGGCUUCACCACACUUAGUGGAGGCAUGAUUUCAAUCAAUGCCUAUAUGAAGCAAAGUGCAGCCAAGUGUUCCUCUAGAGUGUUAUAACAAAGAACCUUUCAAGGCCUGAACGAGGAGUAAUUCCAACAGACAAAAGCAUGUCAAGCUUAGUAAAGCCUGUAUAGGAUUGUAAGAGGAUCUCAAUGACCGUCUCAGGGAUGCCUAUACUAAUAUGGACUCCCGCAUCAACACCAGAACUUGAGGAUCUUGGUGUGUCAUGGGGCCUUGUAAUAGGUCUGGACGUACAGGAAUUUCCCUUGGAGGUUCCAGAAUCAUCUUAUUCAUCAUAGGAAUUAGAGUUGACACGGUCUUCCACUGUCACCUUUUGCAUUGCCUUUUUAAGAAGUUCGAAAACAGGAAAAUAUGUACAUCAGACUAAAAUUCGAAAUUUGAGCCAGUGUAUCCUGAACCUGAGCAUUCUGGUCCUAGCAUGUAAAAAAUACUUCUGGACCUGGUAGUUCCAAGAAAUGGCCAUCAGAUCUAUGUAGGGUAUCAGACAAUCUGCAUCAACCACGAGGAUACGUCAGGACAUGGUUGCCAAUCCACCUUGUCCACAGUUAUUCGGCUCCAGCAAACAGCCAUGGUAUUCUGAGCCACUGGUUGUUCUUCUGUGCCUUGAUCAUUAUGGGCUGGAAUUCCAUCAAUACGUAUCUGUGAGACCCAUCUUGGUAGAUAUAGGAUACAGUUGCAUUGAUAUUUGAGCAAAUUUGGACCCACUCGUUCUUCAGCAAGCCUCUGAAGUGAAGAAGAGUCUUGAAAAUGACUCUUAAUUCCAUACAAAUGAAUGGAAAUAUUGUGCAACAUGGUCCAAACACUGUGUAACCAAUCAUAUAAAAACUGGAAUUCGAGCUAAUAAUUGACCAAUGAGGUUCUGUUCACUGGAAACUCAGAUCUAAUCCCUCUUUCAGCUGCCAGGGUAAGGUGCAACUCCACUGAUGGGGACAUAGUAAGUGGCUGGCUCCAAUAAUCUUUCUCUUGUUAGACAAAGAUAGGAAGGAUCUGUAAGGAAUCCAGAGAUGCCAUUGGGCCCAUCUGACAAGUCUGCUGGUGGAAGCCAGGAUUCCUAGUAGUUGCCUCUAUUUUCUUGCUGUUACCAAGCAGAAAUGAAGAAACUGGGAGAGAAAACCUUUACAAUCUGUGGAACUGUUCCCGAGAUAGGGAAAAGUAGAGCCUAGAACUUUCCACUCAGGAAUGUCAACCACUGAGCUGGUCUGAAACUGCUUUUCUUGAUAUUCAUCAAGCAGCCAAACAUUAGGAGUUAUGAAAGAACUAUAUACCUAUGUGUGCCUGCCUUCCGAGGGUCUAAGGCUAUCAGAAGUAGAUCCUCCAGAUAAUGGAACCAGGUGGAGUUCUGGACUCUCAAUAACACUAUAAGCAGAUAGAAAGAUCCUUGGGGCCGCAUUGAGGCCAAAUGGUAGGGCACUAGCAUGGAAGUUCUCUUCUGAGCUAAUGCCGAAGAUCUCUGCAGAUUGGACUGAAAGUAAGCAUCCUUGAGAUAUAUAGAGGUAACGAAAUUAUCCUUCCAGAUUGCUUGAGAUAUGGAUCUGAUUGAUUCCAUCCCGAAGACUAACAUUCAGCCUCUUAUUGGCCCCUCUUAAGUCCAGUGUAGGCUUUCAUGUGCUUUUCCUCUUAGCACCAGAAGAGAGGCGAAACUUGUCCCUGGAACUGCUCUUGUUCUGGGACUUAAAAUUUUUUUAUUUUUUUUUUAUUUUUAUUUUUUUAACACCUCUUCAUCUAGAAGGCUUCUUCCUUCAGUGCUUUACCUUUUGAUUCAUUGGUUUUAAUACUCCUGUUGGUAUGGAGACUCCUGUGCCCGUUAAGAAAAAACUCCAGUCUAUAUCAAUCUGGACCAUGGAUACCACUCAAGCCUCCAGAGUAUGACAAGCCCAGGUAUGUGUGAUCAGAAUGAGGCUCCUAGUACUGGAGGAGAUAUGUUCAUUGCUGAAGAGCAAAACGACUGCGUUAUAGCUCCAUUAGAACCUUGAAAGGCAGGUUUACCAACUGCCAUGAGUUACCUCUGGAGUAUUCCCUGCAGGGCCAGUAGCACAUUGUAUCUCAGAAAUACUGGUCACUGGAGGUUCUCCGGUCAGACUAUGAGGAGCUGGGAUCCUUGGAACUUCCAUCCUAAGGUACCAAUAUCUUGCAGCCCUCAUUCGCCUUUUCAAUGGAAUUAUCAGAAGUUUUCCCAAACAGCACCACCCCUUCAAACAGAAUGGUGUAGAGGGCAGACUUGGAGGAUGAGACAUCAUCCCAGAAACAGAACCAUAAUGCUUUCUUAGCUGCUAUAGAUAAAGCCAUUUGAUCCAGAGAAUAUCCUAGUUACAUCUAGGGAAGUUUCUGUGAAGAAGUCAGUUGUAACCUGAAGACUUCAGACUGCCUCUUCAAUCUUGGCUUUUAUUAUCUCUCUCCAUAGUAGCCUUUAGAUCUUUAAUCACAUAUUUCAUGUUUGUAGAAACAGCAGCGGAAAUCACAGCUGGCUGGCCUCCUGCAAUGGUAGGCGUAAAAUUUUGGACAGGUCUGCGUCCACCUAUGAUCCAUAAGUGUGCAACUUAGGUGGUGUAGUUCUGGGGUUGGAAAUAACUUCCUCCACAUGGUAAAGCCUGGCCUCUUUUCUUACCCCUAAGGCCUCUGGAAGUUACUUUGUAAGCCCUGCCCGCAUGUCAUGUGGCUGCACAGUGAUAGGUCAUGCUGAAGCGACAACCUUCUGGAGGAAGUCAGUGCAUAACCGAUUCCAUCCACUGUUUUCUCCUCAUAACCAGAUCCUGGUGAAGAAUCAGACACCUGACAAAUAAUAACUAAAUAUUACCUGUGGUAAAGUAUUAAGAAAAAAUGUGCACUGUUAAAUUCUAUAAGAAACCAGCGAAACAGCUUUAAAACAGGCUAAAGACAGCACUUAUCCAUGUCUGGAGACCCUGCAAAUACUUACCCAAUAAGUGUAUGUUUACUGUAAGUUUCCCUUUAUUUUAGGCACUUUCUGGCAAUUGCCCUUAUCCAAGAUGGCUGCCACAACUUGUAUUCCCACAAUGCAAGUCAUCUGUAUUAGGCCCAAUAAGGCACAAACUGCACACAUGUGGGCCUAUUCCGAGUGUGUUUGCUGUUUAGAGACCAGGAAGAGGACUGUCUGAAGCCUACAUGGCCCCUAAACACCCAGGGAACCAGGAAUAAAUCACUGGGACCGAGGGGGAAGCAAAAUAGAUAAAAAAGUGCCUGCAAGGAAGUUUAAAAUGCAACCACGUGCAAAAAGGUCAAAGUUUAAAGGCACCACAGUCUAAAGGCCUCAAGGUAUAAAAGGUAACACAGUUUUCAAAUCUAACAGUUUCCAAAAUAUAACACAGUUUUUAAAAUAUAUCAGUCUUCAAAUGCACUGCAGUUUUCCAAUGCACUGCGGUUUCCAAUGACUUGCGGUAUUACAUGCAACAGUAUUAAAUGCAAAUUUAAAUGAAAUAGUUUUAAAUGCCACACAGCUUAAAUGCAACACAGCUUAAAUGCUUCCUAGCAAAAGCACAACCGCAUAAUGUACAACAAUCUUAAAAAUAAGGUACAGCUGUAUAAUGUACUAGUUUAAAGAUAUCAAAGCUUAAAUGCAUCACAGCAUAAAAGCACAACUGCAUAAUGUACUACAGUAAAACAGAAAAUAAAGUAAUGAAGAUAAAACAACAUACAUGUCCGUAAGUAAAGGGAGCAAAUUGCUCACGUCCUAAGGGCUGUAGGACAGGAAAAAGACUGAGGACCUUAGGGAUGGAGCCUCCUUUUAAAACCUUGGUGGUUUUCCUGUCCUAUCGGCUGUAGGGGAGGAGCUUACCCAUGUGUAUAUGCUGCCAUGAUUAGCCAGGAAAUAUAUUUAUACGCAUACACAUACACACAAACAUAUAUAUACACAUACACACACACACACACAUAUACAUAAACAAAUAAACAUAUAUGUGAUAGAAAGGUUUUUAAGGUUUUAGGAAUCACCUUUCAUGUGCCUAGCAGCUUACAUCUUCUAAUGUUGAUAUACAAUUGUUCAUUUAUUUAAUUAAUUGCGCUUUUUUUUUUAUUGUUUUAAAAUAUACAUACAUGCACAUGAACUCAUAUACACAAAUAUAAAUGCACAGUCACAUAUAUAAGCAUAAGAGUAUGGGAAAGCAUACAUAGUACUUUGUAUAUUGAUAUAAUAAACAUGUCAUUGGAAUGCAGUUUAAGAUGUGGACACAUGACAGAACAGUGAGAUAAUGCAGGGGAGUGUUCAUGUAAAGUGGGACAGGAAGCUCAAAUCACUAUUUAUGCAUAGCACAUUGUGGCACAGUAUUAUUUAUUAGAGGAUUUCGAUUUUCUAAUAGAUUAAAGCGACACUAUAGUCACCAGAACAAUUACAGCUUAAUGUAGUUGUUCUGGUGUCUACAGCCUGUCCGUGCAGGACAAAAUGCAGUGAUUACACUAAUGCCUAGUAACACCUCUAGUGGCAGCCACUUGAGGUGCUUCCGGAGUCAGUGCUGCAAAAUGUGAAUUUGUGGACGUUCAACCAAAUGAUGGCUGGCUGAGCAACAUAAUACCUGAUGUAACUAUUGGCCAUUGCUGGUCUAGACCCAUACAUAAUUUGAGAAUUAGCAACGGUUUUAGUUUUAUUUAACACAUUUGCAAUGAAGGGCACUUUAUACACUAAAAAUCUAAUUAACACUGAAACUAUAACAUCAUCCAACCAAAAUGUAUUAAGCUAGGCAAUCCAGUGGAAGACCUCGUGGUUUUGCCUCUUUGUUGCAACACAGUUUCAUGUGCCUGUUAACAAACUAAAGUCAUAGUUUGCAGCUAAAUCAUUAAAACCUAGAAGGAAGAAGAUUAUCUACAACAACAAAAAUGAUGAUGAUGGCAAUGUCAUCUUUUCAAUUUGCUUCUUUUCAGCUGACCGGACUGAUCCUCAUUACCAUGGUGUUUCUGGCAUGCCUUCUCAUGCUGGUGAUGUACAAGGCUCUGUGGUAUGAACAGCUCAGUUGUCCAGAAGGAUUCAUAUUCAAGGUAUUGUGGGUCUACUGCCAUAUGUAUAGUGCUGAUAUGUUUCAUAACACUAAAAUCAAAUCAAAAUCAAACUUAUGACAGACACCCUGUGUAGAGCAACAGUACCUGAUUCAUCUCAUCAUGGUAUGAAGAGUGUCCAGCACCUUCAAGUUGUGGUAGGAGCCCUUCCAGCUGCGUCCUGUCCCUGUAGGACUUAUUGACAUAUUAAAGAAGCUACCACCAUGUUUUCCUCUUCCUGAAAAUCUCUGUAUGGUAUCACAAGCUACAUCUACAAAUACGUGGUAAAUGCACUUAGAAAUAAGUUGUUUCACUAUAACAUGACCCAGUGUGUUUCAGGAGCUUCCAGGCUUUAUUCCAUAAAGUUUGUCUUGUUUUUUAUAUUUGCUUAGCUCUAGAAUAGGGCUCCUUGGGCUCUGGCUGUGAUAACAUUUUAUUUUUCUUUGAUUUCCACAAACUUUCUACCAACUUAUUUGUCUUAUUACUUGCUAAAUGUGAGUGCAGAAAUGCAGAGAGAAGUCUGAAACAAGAAGCAUGUCUGUGUUGUUUUGCAUGUUGAGCUGGGAAUUCUGGGAGAAUUGUAUAAAUGUGAUUUCUUUGAAUUACUAUGGCCAAGACUGACCUUCCCCAAGGUCAUACUUGAGAUAUGUGGAUGUUACACCCUUCUGUCACUUAGAGCUCUCCCCUGCUCCUUUGUGGUCUCUCCUCUCCCCCCACCCUCCCCUAGUGGUCUCUUCUCACCCCCACCCUCCCUGUGUGCUCCUCACCUCCCCCUCCCUGUGUUCUCUUCACCCCUCUCCUGUGUUCUUCUCACCCCCACCUCCCCUUCUCCUCACCCCCUCUCCCUGUUUUAUUAUCACUCCCCCCGUUAUUCUCACUCCCCCCUCCUCUUCUCACUCCCCUCUCCUCACUCCCUCCCUGUCUUCUUCUCACCUCCCUCCCUGUGUUCUCCCUUAUCUCCUUCUCCUCACCCCCUCCCUGUGUUUUCUUACUCCCUCCCCUUCCCUGUUUUCUUUUCUACUCCCCCUCCUGUUUUCGUCUUACUCCCCAGUUCUUCUUAGUCCUCCCCCUCUUCUUAGUCCUUCUUCUUCCCCCUCUUCUUCUUACUCCCCUGCCCCUCUUCUUCUUACUCCCCCCCCCUUCUUCUUACUCCCUCCCCUACCCCUCCUCUUUUUCUUACUCCCUCCCUCUUCUUACUCCACCCCUCUUCUUCUUGGUCCUCCCUCCCUUCUUCUAAGCCCCCCUCUUCUUCUUAGCCCCUCUCCUUCUUACUUCUUGCUCCCCUCUUCUUCCCCCCCCCCACCCCUUCUUCUUUCUUACUCCACCCUCUUCUUUCUCUCCCCUUCCCUAGCUCUCCCCCCUCUUCUUCUUGGUCCCCUCCCCUCUUCUUCUUAGUCCUCCCCACCUCUUCUUCUUGGUCCCUCCCCACCUCUUCUUCUUACUCCCCCUCUUCUUCUUAGUCCCCUCUUCUUCUUAGUCCCCCCCCUUCUUCUUACUCCCCCUCCCUCCCUGUGUUCUCCUCACCUUCCCUUCCCUGUAGCAUGGCCGAGCUCAUUUCCCGUCCGCGGUACAGGAGUUUCUGUUUCCUGUACCCGGCCGGACUGACAGGAAGUGCACACUGAGUGUGCACUUCCUAUCAGUCCGGCCGGGUCCCGGACCGGAGAGAAGCUCGGCCACGCUACAGGAAGGGGAGGUGAGGAGAGAGGCAGUGUGGCAGCCGCCUAAAUGCUCUCUAUAGAGCACUCAGGCGGCUGCAGCAUUAAAAGGGCCGCCUAGUUCGCCUUAUAGGAAGCGCCGACCCUGGUCAAGGUGCAUAUUGUAACUAGGCUUUUAUGUGGCAUUGGCGCAGUUAAGGCUUCUUUCUGGCAAGUCAACCAUGCAGCUUAUUUUUGUUCAAGUAUCGUUCUAUUGUGCUCCUUGAAACAACCCCACCUUCUUUUUCCAGAGCAGCCUGUAUUUCUGUAUUACCUCUGGAUUUUUCUUUGUAUCCUGAACAAUUCUUCUGGCAGUUGUGGCUGAAAUCUUUCUUGGUCUACCUGACCUUGGCUUGGUAUCAAGAGAACCCUGAAUUUUCCACUUCUUAAGUAAUUGAUCAGUACUGACUGGCAUUGUCAAGGCUUUGGAUAUCUUUUUACAUCCUUUUCCAUCUUUAUAAAGUUCCAUUACCUUGUUACGCAGGUCUUUUGGCAGUUUUCUUCUGCUCCCCAUGGUUCAGUAUCUAGCUUGCUCGGUGCAUCCACAUGAGAGCUAACAAACUAAUUGACUAUAUAUACACAGACACUAAUUGCAAUUUAAAAAGCCAUAGGUAUGGGAAGUAUUCUUUAAUUGCCAUUUUAACAUAUGUGUAUCACCUUGUGUGUGUGUAACAAGGCCAAACAUUCAAGGGUAUGUAAACUUUUGAUGAGGAGGUAGAGAAACAUCGAACGCCAUUCGAAUGAAGGUUUGACCGGUCGGCCACGAGGUGAUGCCCCAAAAUAGUUCCAUAGAAAGCAAGGCAAUGACCGGUCAUCUUUUGGGGGUUCUCAUACGAACACUGACGAAUGCUCCCCCUGGCUGUUUGGGAACAAAUGCUCCCACUGUUCGAUAGAUCCUAUCUCCCGAACGCCGUUUGUCUAGUUGGUCAUGAAGUGAGACAUGCAGCGGUACCAUCUUUGCCCGGGUUCACAGAGAUGCAAGGUCAAAAAUAGUUCCAGGCGUUCGACGACCAGGUACCGCUGCCUGCGUUUGGGAUACAAAAUGGCCCUCUAUUCUAUGUUAAAAGAACACUACAGUGGUAGAAAUACAAACGCGCAGUUUAGGUGUGUGUGUCGCUUGUCCGCAGGUAAAAAAGGUGUUUUAGUUAACUUUUCUCCCUCGCAGCACCGGUCUGUGCACUGCCAUCUCACCUGCAUGGAUAAAAUCAUCAAGACUAAUGGUCCCAACCAAUACAAUGCUUUUCCAUAGGAAAGCAUUGGGAGGCUAGUGUACAUCUGGUAGAAAUAGCCACAUUUUAUUUAGCUAUUUUGGAGGUAGCGCCUCUAGUAGCUGUCAGAGCACUGUAAAGUAAACAAUGUUAAUUCUUGUGUACAAAUAGUUUUCUACAUUCUCACAUCGUGAUGAGCAAGUUAAACUAGUGUAUACACCAUGUUCCAAAUUAUUAUGCAAAUUAUAUUUAAGUGUCACAAAGAUUAAAUAUUUUCUUGGCAUAUAGAUGGCAUUGUGUCUCAGGGCUCUUUUGAUCACUGAAAACAAUCUCGGACACCUGUGAUAAUUAGAUUGCCAGGUGAGCCCAAUUUAAGGAAAAACUACUAAAGGAGGGUGUUCCACAUUAUUAAGCAGAGCACCAUUUUCAUGCAAUAUGGGGAAGAAAAGGAUCUCUCUGCUGCCGAAAAGAGUGAAAUAGUUCAAUGCUUUGGACGAGGUAUGAAAACAUUAGAUAUUUCACGAAAACUUAAGCGUGAUCAUUGCACUAUUAAGAUAUUUGUGGCUGAUUCAGAGCACAGAUGGGUUCGUGCAGAUAAAGGCACAUUGAGGAAGAUUUCUGCCAGAUCCAUGCAUCGGAUCAAGAGAGCAGCUGCUAAAAUACCAUUACAUAGCAGCAAACAGAUAUUUGAAGCUGCUGGUGCCUCUGGAGUCCCACAGACAUCAAGGUGUAGACUCCUCCAGAUUCUUGCAACUGUGCAUAAACCUUCUAUUCGACCACCGCUAACCAAUGCUCACAAGCAGAAACGUCUGCAUUAUGCAGAAAAAUACAUGAAGACUAAUUUUCAAACAGUCCUGUUCACUGAUGAGUGCUGUGCAACCCUGGAUGGUCCAGAUGGAUGGAGUAGUGGAUGGUUGGUGGACGGCCUCCCUGUUCCAACAAGGCUGCGACGUCAGCAAGGCGGUGGUGGAGUCAUUUUUUGGGCCGGAAUCAUGGGAAGAGAGCUGGUCGGCCCCUUUAGGGUCCAGGAAGGUGUAAAGAUGACCUCUGCAAAGUAUGUGGAGUUUCUGACUGACCACUUUCUUCCCUGGUACGGAAGGAAGAACUAUGCUUUCCGUAAUAAAAUCAUCUUCAUGCAUGACAAUGCACCAUCUCAUGCUGCAAAGAAUACCUCUGCAUCAAUGGCUGCUAUGGGGAUAAAAGGAGAGAAAGUCAUGGUGUGGCCUCCAUCCUCCCCUGACCUCAAUCCUAUUGAGAACUUUUGGAGCAUCCUCAAGCAAAAGAUCUAUGAGGGUGGGAGGCAGUUUACAUCCAAACAGCAGCUCUGGGAGGCUAUUCUGACAUCUUGCAAACAAAUUCAAGCAGAAACUGUCCAAAAACUCACAAGUUCAACGGAUGCGAGACUUGUGAAGCUGCUAUCAAAUAAGGGGUCCUAUGUUAAAAUGUAACGUGACCUGUUAAAAUGUUUAAAAAGUUAAAAUGUUGUUAUAAGUUUGACUGAAAUAACUUUUGAUUUCAGUAAAUAUGCUGCAAACACAACAAAUGACAAUUUUCAGUUCUUUACAACCUAUAAAGUGUUUUAAAACUUACCGUGCUAUAAAAAGUGUUUUGAAACUUGAGUUUUUUAUGUUUAAAAAAAUACUGUUAUCAUUAGGAGGUUUGGUCAAUAAAAUUUGAAUUGUACUCUUAAUAGUUGAUAAGAUAAGAAUUAUGCUGACUGUUAUUUACAUCAAUUAUUUAGGUAAAUGAGAAAAAAUAUAAUUUGCAUGACAAUUUGGAACAGGGUGUAGUUCUUGACUUGCAGAUCACCUAAGUUUAGGCACGUUUUUAGGAGUAAUCCUACACUGAGCUUAUAUUAAGUGGAUCUUGGUGGCCUUGUAUGCAUAAAGGGAUGUAAGAGAUGUUGUUAAAACUAGUUUUUGUGUAUCUAUAAAAGUUGUGCACUGGUAAUACGUUUUUUUGUGUUAUUUCAUUAGUUUUCUUUAGUGAAUAACCCUGAUACAAUUUCUAAUGUCAGUCAGAGACCUGUGCCUCAUUCCCAUAUUUGUGGGAUUGUUUUUUUUUAAUUCUGGGAAGCAGAGAAUUCUGUGGCUUUCUCCUUUCACUGUGCAUGGACGAAGGGUCCAGGAGUAGUGAUGUCCCGAACGGUUCGCGAACGGUUCGCCACGGACUCAUCGUUGAGUAAACUUUGACCCUGUACCUCACAGUCAGCAGACACAUUCCAGCCAAUCAGCAGCAGACCCUCCCUCCCAGACCCUCCCACCUCCUGACAGAUUCAUUGUGAAGCUGCAUUCUUAGUGAGCUGUCCAGGAGGUGGGAGGGUCUGGGAGGGAGGGUCUGCUGCUGAUUGGCUGGAAUGUGUCUGCUGACUGUGAGGUACAGGUUCAAAGUUUACUCAAUGAUGAGUCCGCGGCGAACCGUUCGGGACAUCACUAUCCAGGAGGACAUCUGGGUAGAUUCUUUCCUCUGUUCUAUGGGUGUCCGGAGGGCCCCAAAGCACUUCAUUAAGUGCCCUAUACCACCAUACAGGAAAUGGGAAUGAGUGGAAGAACAGUUUCUCAUUGGCUCUAAUUUUGGUAUUUUAACCCCUCACUUGCAUAUCAGUUGAGAGGACCAUUAAGUGGGACUUUCCUUUUAGAUGUCUAUUGGUCUUCUGGACCUUCAAAGUAAUUACUUUAAGUUCCAUUUGACUAUGGUUUGGUGAAAAUGUUACUUACUCUUUCUUUUUUUUCUUUCAUGUGCACAUUCUUAUUGUCAGUAACAGAUUAAUAGAAAUAUAAAUGAUAUAUUGCAUGGGGAAAAGGUUUUGCACUGGCAUUAGAUGAAUUCUCUUUUUAUCAAUUAACAUGUACAAUAGAAUAGCACCUCCAAAUGCAUGUUAGCAUGAAUAGGAGCCAGAGAAAAAUAUAUAAGAUGUCUUGCAUUAGAGUGAGAGCUAUCCAAUAUACACCUCUCCCUUAUUUCAAUCUCUUUGCAUUCUAUGGUAUAUUGUAAGAAUUUAACAGUACCUGUCUAAUUGGCUGAAUUCUGUCUCCCACAGCACAAGCACUGCUCCCCCACAGACCUGGAAAUGUAUUAUUCCCAGCAAGAAACAGGACCUCGUGGAGCACUCUACACGGCCAUCACUCAGGCCAAGAAAACUCUGCCAGAGCUCCCGUCUCCCUGGCUUCCUGUUAUUAAUGCCCUAAAGGAAGCAGAAAAGGCCAAAAGAGAGUUGGGAGCAACAAAGCAGUGAGCUUUUAAGGGGCAAGGUGGCACUAUGGGCCGGCUAUAAUCAUUGAGAGGGGGAGGGGCGGGGGGCAGUCUUUGGGAGGGAGGGUCCUAGGGUUCCCUAUCACCCAACACUAUUUUGCCUGAAACAUCUACUUGUAAAAGUCUUCUUUAGAAAAAAAAGUUAAAUGGAGUUGUAAUAAAGUUAAGGCACUUACCAAUUUAGCUACUUCUUGCAUCCGUAUUUUUUUUUUAAUAAAGUUUGUCUAUUUUGUGUUUAC